AUUUUGGGUGGGUUUUCAGUCAAAAAGAGGGUUUCUGAGGAAAUUGGUGAAAGCGUGUGAGAGAGAAUAAUUAGGGUUUGGAAAUCGUGAGGUUGAGGUUGAGCUAGCGAAGAUGAUUGAGGUGGUUCUGAACGAUCGGCUAGGAAAGAAGGUGAGAGUGAAGUGCAACGAGGACGACACCAUCGGAGACCUGAAGAAACUCGUGGCGGCGCAGACGGGUACCCGGUCCGACAAGAUCCGGAUCCAGAAGUGGUACAACAUCUACAAGGACCAUAUCACCCUUAAGGACUAUGAAAUCCACGACGGCAUGGGCCUCGAGCUCUACUACAACUAAAUCAAUCGGGUUGGCAUUCGUAUCAAAAAAUGCAUUGCAAUCGGAAAUGUCUUUGAUCUGUAGGUCAGUAGGGAUAUAUAUAUUUUGUGUUAUGUAAGAGACAAUGAAGUUGCAAAGUACUGAUGUGUCCCCUGUCAUGUAAUAUCUUAAUGGGCAGAUAUGUAAACUAAAUAUUUGAACACCAUUUACUUGUUAAGCGAUGUAUGUUUGAUGCUUUGCUAUAUAUACCAUAUCAUCUAUGGAUUUAACUGCUAUAUGGCAAUUGCAUUUUUUGGUUUUGGAGCCCA